AUGGGAGAGCCACGGGAUCAAGAGAUGCCACUUCAUGAGUCGGAAACCGAGGAGCUGAAGAAUUUAGAGCACACGCCGCCUUUCUGGAGGACUCCCAAGUUAAAAAAGAGAUUGUCCAAGCAGCUAUCUGUGUAUGUUGCCCCGCAAAAUGUUGCAUGGGAGAAGCGGCGCCAACAGUUUCUCCGGCAAGAGCGGAGGAGAAAUGGUAUCCACGAAACGGAUGACUUGACGGAUGAGGAUCUCAAUGAGUUAAAAGGAUGCAUAGAGCUCGGGUUCGGGUUCAAUGAAGAAGACGGACAAAGGCUAUGCGACACGAUCCCUGCCCUAGACCUUUAUUUUGCGGUGAACCGCCAAUUCUUGACGAGUCCCAUCCCGAGCCCCGCCAGCAGCCGCUCAGCACCGUCACCCAGAGGCCCUCCAUCACCAUCUUCCGUGUUGGUUGGAGGCCGGUCCUCGUCUGCUAGCCCGGGGAGCGAUUCUGAUUGGAAGAUUUGCAGUCCAGGUGAUGAUCCUCAACAGGUGAAGCAAAAGUUGAGGCAUUGGGCACGAGCAGUGGCCUGUUCUGUUAUGCAGUCCUCGUGA